GUGGUCGAAGCAGAGCACUGCGUUUCUCCACGUCUCCCAUGAGCUCCUCCUCUUCUCUGCCAACUUCGAGAAAACAUCCCGUCCUCUUCUCUCUUUUCCUGAAAUUCCUCUUUCUCCAAUCCCCGUCUAGAGAACAGGAAAGCUCCGUCUCCCUCAUGUCUUCCGUCUUCCAUUCUCUCAUCUCUCCUCUCUCUCUCCACCUCCCUCCGUGAGGCGUCGACGCGCUCCUCUACGGCAGUGCAGAACUGAGGAAGGCGCCUCUCUUCUAUUCUCUGAAGAGCGCUGGUUUGAGCAAGUUGAACUGAAAGUCCGUCUCUGGCAUCUUAUUGCAGUGCUCACAAAAACCACGUUAUACGCAACCCUAGAGAGAGAGAGAGAGACUUCGUUCGACAGCAUAAGCAUAGACAUAUAUAUACAUAUAUAUAUAUAUAUAUAUAUAUGUAUAUAUAUAUAUUGAUGGGAGGAGGAGGAGAUACAAGAAGGAGUGCGGGGCACAGAAGACGCGAGAAAGAAGGAAGCUGGCGAAGGACGCGAUGGAGAAAGCAGGACGAGAAAUCUGUGGCGGCUGCUUGCGGCCUGCGUCCGUCUGCUACUGCGCAUGCUUGCCGAACCCCCCGCUGAGUUUUUCUGCGGACUUUUCUGAAGUCGUGAAGGGUCUCGUGGUGUACGUACACCCGCUGGAAGUGAAGCGGAAGAUGGGAUCUCUUCCCCUGCUCACGCGUUCUGUCACUCCCGUCCACGUUUUCUGUCGAAGAAAGCCUGGAAGUAUUAAGUUGCAGAGAUCAGCUCGUCCUCCGCAUUUCCUUCGAGACAGAGAAGCUCCGCCGCAAAAAAAGAGUGUACGAGGUCAAGAGUUGCCCUCUCGUCCAUCGUCACUUGCGUCCUCUUCAUCUUCGUCUUCUUCAUCCGUGUCGAGUUGUCAUCUUUCUUCAGCAUCUUCUUCCUCUUCCUGUCCGUUUCCCUCUCUCGACUCUCAAGCUUCCUCUGCCUCUUGGGUGUACGAUGAGGACGUGAGCGUCUUGGAAGGCGGCUGCUGCACGAAGCCGUUCCUGCCUCGGCCUCUCUCUUCUCCGGUGCCUCACUCGUCUUCUUCUCUUCCUCUUCCUGCGUCUCCGCCGUCUGAGGGAGAGUCCAACAACUUGCUGCUGUUGUUUCCGACGCCCUGGAGUUUCGAACUGGGCGCAGGAGCUCUCCCACUGAAGCUGCCGGUGACGCUCCUCUGUCUGGACGGCACUUGGAAGGAGGCGAAGGAGAUGCUCCGCGCUGCGCCUUGGCUCGAAGACAUUCCUGCCGUGAGACUCCCGGCGCCGCCUCCAGAAAACGACGAAAGACGAGGAAAAGAAGAUCGAAGUGGGAACGAAGAAAGAAAAGAAAGAAAAGAAGGAGAAGGAAGAGAUGGACAGAUCAACUCGAGGACAGAGCCUUCUAAGCACCAGGAGGAGAGGGGAGAGGCAACGGACAUCUGGGGAGCCUACGGCUUCGUGCGAACGCCCUCUCGGAAAGUCGCAGACGAAGGGGGUGUAUGUACAGCCGAAGCGGUGGCGCGAAGUCUCGCUUUGAUUGCUCGCUGGAGCAGAGCACACAGCAGCGAGAGAGCGAAGAACUUCGACAAGGUGCUUCUGAACCUUUUAGCGUUCGUCGCGAGGAGACAAAUCCAGUGCAAGGAGGCGAAGGACGCGGGCGACAAGGCGCAGAAGGAGGAACGCAGAGAGUAGAGGCAGACAGUGGAAUCGCCAGGUUCGAGGACCGACCUCUGCGCUGCGUGUGUGUGUACACCCGGACAGAUGGCCAGGGAGGCGUCCGUCAACAGUGAAGAGUUGGAGAGGUUCCAACGACGCGUCUCGCCUCUUCACACGAAGGUGGCUGGAAGGCGCUGUGCGCAAACAGAGCGUUUCUGCAAUGAAGCAGCUUUUCGGCAGACACGAACAUCGGUGGAACGCUGAGAGUCGCCGCUUCGAGCUGAUCUCCCCAUGUCAGAGGGGAACGCGACUGCGCGAACGCUCUGGCCUCCGUUCCACGGACCUUGCUGUCGGUCCACCACCUCGUCCACGUCAUCUGAUGUGCAUUUCUUCGCAUGCAAACAGCUGGGAGUGUGUAUGCGUGUGUGUCGGCUGCAACGUUGGUGCUUGUCACUGGCGGAGCGUGAGGCGUCGGCGCGAGCAGAGAACAGUGGCAGAAAACGAGCAGGGAGAAGAGCGGGAGAGAGAAGCGCGAGGAAAACGCGAAGAGGAAGUGCAGGCGAUACAGGUGGGGAAGUGGAGGCGGUAACGCAGUGUCGGCGAAGACCAGCCUCGUGAGCCUGUUGCGAGACACAGGAGACUUGGAUGUCGACGGCACAUUGAUAAGAGACGAACUUCGAGGGACAGUGAGGUGACCUGCAGGUUGCAAGCGGAGAAGGAGACGACGGAGAGCGAAGAAUUCAAGAGCGAAGAAUUCAAGAGCGAAGAAUUCAAGAGGGGAGAAACGGGAGAACGGAGAAACGGGAGAACGGAGAAACGGGAGAACGAAGAAACGGGAGAACGGAGAAGCGAACCCCUUCCAAAGAGACAUCAGCGACCAGCUCUGUUGGAUGCGCACUCUGCGUCGUUUCCUCUCUACUCAGUUUCUUUUUGGUCCUCGUGCCGCGAAAGUUCUGUUCGCGAAACGCGCUUCUUCCUGCGUUGAAUCCAAGCUUGUGAUGCAUUCGGUGCUUCUGUCGAACCGUGGGGAACUGGUGUUGUCAACGUUGUGUUGAGAGGAUUGGAGGUUACCAAGUCCGUCUCUCGGGAGAAAAAAGCAAACCCUCUUGUCCGGAUUUUCUUGCUCCAUCUCUUCACUCUGCCUGUCACGGCCUCUUUCACAUUUCCCCGACACACAUGGCUGUGGACUCACACGAAAACAGACGCAAACUCGCUCACGUCUGGCGAGGUUAUGUCUG